AUUUAUAGAAACCGUCGUUGUUCGAAACCAUAAACGGGUUUCUGCGGUCAAUUGUUUAACGUUUUUUUUUCCUCCGAAGUGUUCACGUCGGAGACGGUGACUGGACGUCCAGAAACCACAAGCUGAAGACAUGAACCCAUCAGCAGGGGUCCCGAGGAGAACUAUGUUCCUGGCCACCGAGUAUCAGGCCCGCUUCCUCCCGCCAAGCCUCGAAGGAUGUGCCUCAUUUAAAUCGUUUUGUUUCUUCAAAGACAACAAAACGGAACCCCAGGUCCAAAAUGCUGCCCAGCUGCAGACUCCACCAAAACAACCCUCUGCACCACAGCGGGAGACCAACAACAACAACAAGACUGACUACACAACCACUUACACAGGUGACUAUCGAGCUAGAAAGGGAGACAGGUGUUGUCUACAGAAGCAUGAAGGGAACUUAAAAGUUUCCUCUGGACUUGUUCCUUUGGAUAUCAAGAAGUCUAAGCAGAAGGCCGUACUGUUACCAAAAGACGAGGGACACUCUGAAAAGGUCACCGGCUACAGGCUGGAUUUUUCCACCACUGCAGAUCAGCCUCAGGACAGCUGGUUUGCGGCCUGGACCGGCAGCGGUCAUUUCCUUCCAGAUGAAGUCCGAGAGUCUGUGAAGGCUCUGACCAUGAAGCUCCACUCCCAGUUCCAAGAGGCUAAUCCAGCAGCAGAGCGCAAACACCAGUCACCGAAGGCAAGCGAGGAAAAAGGCGCCAUGUCUGUGCGAUUUGCAGAGAAAGGCAAGACGGCGAUCCAGGCGCCGCGGGAGGACACCCGGAAAACUGCGCCACAGCCCGCCCCUGCUAUCCAGACAAACAAGGAGGUUUCAGGGGGGAAACUUCAAUCGGCCAAAAACCAGAGCUGUAACAACCAGCCUCCUCGAGACAGGAAAAGGGUCUCCGUCUUGAAAUGCUCCAUCAGCCUGCAUCAGUCGUUUGCAGAGUGAAGCGUUUCCUGGACUGUUCUGAUUAAAACAAACUGACCUGA